AUGGAUACUUCUCCAGAAUUAACAGUGCUAAUCAAAGCCUUCAUCGUCUUCCUAUUAUAUGGCAUCACCAAGGCAUACACAACUCGCAAUGUCAUCGGCAACUUAAGGAGACGCAGUCUUCCCAUGCCACCGUGGAGCUGGUUCUUCGGCCACAUGUUCGUUGUCAAGAAAUAUCUCAAUAAGCUACCCUCCGAUGCCGUUUUUAACUAUACGGCACGUCGCCUCUCGCGCGAAUUUCCCAAGCACUCGAUGUUCUACGUCGACUUUUGGCCAAUGAACACUCCAUUUUUGAUCAUAGCAAAUCCUCUUGCCGCAUCUCAAAUUACGCAAAAACUUUCGGUCCAGAAACCAUUAGCUGUCCAAGACGCUUUUGCUGCAAUGACAGGUGGACCAAACCUUUUGACAAUGCCUGAUGUGCAGUGGAAGCGGUGGCGUGCCGUCUUCAGUCCUGGCUUUAGCAAUUCACACAUGCUCGAGCAGGUUCCCAAGUUAAUUGACAAGGCUCAGGUGUUCUGUGAGAUGCUCCGGGAGAAGGCUCGCGCCAACUCAGUUUUCCAACUUGAAGAAGCUACUUUCAGGUUGACAAUAGACGUUAUCGGCCUUAUUUGUCUGGAUACGGACUUCAACUACCAGUUACGCAACUCCGAAUUCCCCUCGCUCCUCCGUUCCCUCAUCGAGUGGCAAACGUUUGGAGACGUUAUCAAUCCGUUGAAACGCUUGAACCCAUACCGUAAAUUUAUCACCUGGUAUUGGGGACGCCGCCUAAACUACUACAUACACUCGGAGCUUCGGAAACGCUUCAACGAGCGGCGGGCUACUUCAUCUAAAUCGUCUCGCAGAGCAAAACCUAUUGUGGCUCUAGCACUAGACAGUUACCUUACUGAGAGCCCAAAGGCUUCGAACGAAUCUCUCGAUGCCAAUUUCAAGGAUUACGCAACCGCCCAACUCCGUUUGUUCCUCGUGGCCGGCCACGAUACUACCUCGAGUGCCAUGACUUAUACCCUGCAUCUCUUGUACACUCACCCAUCAUUCCUCGCCUCAGUUCGUGAAGAACAUGAUGCAGUAUUUGGCAAAGACCGGGCUGCAGCCGCAUCAAAACUGAGAGUCGACCCCGCGCUUCUAAACCAGCUGCCAUUGACUUCCGCCGCAAUCAAGGAAGCGCUCCGCCUCUUCCCGCUAGCAGGCGGCAUCCGUAUGGGAAGCCCAGAUAUCGAGCUUGUGGCCGAAGAUGGUACACGUUUUCCUACCGCUGGUUGCAGUGUUUGGAUUGUGCAUGAAGCAGUGCACCGCAACCCUGCGUACUGGCCUGACCCAGAUGCCUAUCUCCCGGAGCGCUGGCUCGUGGGUCCAGAGCAUCCUCUCUAUCCGAAAACCAAAGGCGCUUGGCGUGCUUUUGAGAUUGGGCCUCGCAAUUGCAUCGGCCAAACUCUGGCACUGACGGAGCUUAAGACGGUUCUGGUUAUGACAUUGCGGGAAUUUGAUAUCAGUCCUGCAUACGACGAGUGGGACAGGAUGCACAGUGGCGGACACAGAGGGAUCAAAACUGCAAUGGGAGAGAGGGCUUAUCAGGUUUCGGGUGGUGGAGGUGGCCAACAUCCCUCGGAUCGAUAUCCAUGUCGUGUGUCAAUGUGUGGGUGA